AUGGCGGCCGGAUUCAUCGAGGGUCUGCUGCGGCGGCCGCAGCGCCUCAUUGUGCUCGCCACCUGCUUCCUCCUGGUCCUCUCGCUCUCGACCUACCUCUCGCUCUCGACCAACGGCGUGCAGAACAUGCGCGACAGCUGGGAGGCGCUCCCCGCCAUCCCGCGCCCAUGGCAGUCGCCCCAGUCCGCGGCCUCGGGCGCCGUCCGGCCGCCAUCGUCGGUGGCCGACCUUUACACGCACAGCCCGGGCGUGCCCUCGACCAUCGACGAGCUCACAAAGUGGGCCGAAAAGGGCGAGGACGGCAACCUCUACCCGCCCUCGUUUGUGCCCCAGAUGGCCAACCAGGCGCCCCGCGCCAAGGCCGGCUUCAUUGUCCUCGUCCGCAACUCGGAGCUCAACGGCAUGCGCGAUGCCAUGCGCGACGUCGAGGAAAAGUUCAACCGCAAGUACGGCUACCCCUGGAUCUUUCUCAACAACGAGCCCUUCACCGAGGAGUUCAAAAAGGGCGUACAGCAGAUGACGCGCAGCGAGACGCGCUUCGGCCUCAUCCCAAAGGAGCACUGGAGCUAUCCGGACCACAUCAGCCAGGAGAAGGCCGCAGAGACCCGGGCCCAGAUGAAGGCAAAGAACAUCAUCUACGGCGACUCGGAGAGCUACCGCCACAUGUGCCGCUUCAACUCGGGCUUCUUUUUCCGCCACCCGCUGACGCUCGACCUCGACUACUACUGGCGCGUCGAGCCGGGCAUCAAGCUCUACUGCGACGUCGACUACGACCCGUUCGUCUUCAUGCAGAUGAACAACAAGACCUACGGCUUCACCAUGGCGCUCCACGAGUACCUCGACACAAUCCCCACGCUCUGGGAGACGACCAAGCAGUUUAUGAAGGCGCACCCGGACUACCUGGCAAAGGACCACGGCCUCCACUUCAUGACCGACGAGCCCGAGAAGCUCAUGGAGCCCGGGUACAACCUGUGCCACUUUUGGAGCAACUUUGAGAUUGGCGACCUGCGCUUCUGGCGCUCGCAGAAGUACCUCGACUACUUUGACUGGCUCGACAAGGCGGGAGGCUUUUUCUACGAGCGGUGGGGCGAUGCGCCCGUCCACUCGAUCGCAGUCAUCCUCAUGCUCGACCGCGCCCGGCUGCAUCACUUCGACGACAUCGGAUACUACCACAUUCCCUGGAACCACUGCCCGACGAACAAGAAAAAGUAUCACGACACCGGACGCUGCAACUGCGACCCGGCCCAGUCAUUCGACCGGGAAGGCUACUCGUGUCUGCGGGAGUGGUGGCGCACCUCGGUCGAGGGCGAGCCCAAGUGA